CUUACUUCCGGUCGGUGUUUCCAACACGUGAGAGCCCAGACUGCAUAUUUAUUAAUAUUAACGGUCCAUGUGUGAGGGUCGCGAGAUGGCUUCCCCCCCCGCUCACGAGCCAACUCUGCUCGGUCUGUGUGACGGAGAGCUCGACUCGAGGCGACACGUGACCUCGUUUCUGACCAACAAAGUCGGGGGUCACCCGGACUGGUUGCCGGGCAUCUCCCGGCCGGCUCCCCGCUGCGGUCGCUGCGCGGCCCCGUUGGCCCACGUGGUGCAGGUGUACUGCCCCCUGGAGGCCUCCCCCUACCACAGAAACCUCCACCUGUUCGCGUGCCCGGGUGCCGCGUGCAGCGGGCGGUCAGACGGCUGGACGGUGCUCCGCUCGCAGGGUCCGGAGGACCGGACACGCAGCCGGCCCUCCCCGGCUCAGGAGGCCCCUCCGGCGGCCACCGAGUGGUGGGACACCGCUGAUGACUGGGGGGUGGAGGAGGAGGAUGGAGGGGGGGGAGGAGGGGUGGAGGAGGACAACCCGGGUCAGGAGGAGACAGCAGGUCCUGAAGAAAAGGGUAAGGCAUUGUUAUAUAUGUUGAUAUGUUCAUUUGUAUAUUACCAGAAUAAGAAACCCUUCCAGGGACCCCAUGUUGGCUCUUCUACCUGUUCUAGCCCACAUUGGGACACAUCAGCCGGUGAGGUUGACGUCAGCAGCCGUCUUCAGGAUCUGAACCUGGGCGUCUCAGGGGAGGGCGUCUCCGGGGAGGACGUCUCCGGGGAGGACGUCCCAGUGCUCCGUCCCUUCUUCAUCAGCGUGGCGGAGGAGUCGGAUCUGUGCGGCGAGCGAGACGACCUGCGUCACGCCCAGCAGCUGCUCCGGGAGUACGAGCGCCGGGAGGGGGCGGCGGUCGGGGAGCUGGACGCCGCCGGGGGUUCAUGA